AUGCAAUUCAUCGUUCCGCCGUGGAAUCCGACACCAUUGGAUUUCAGCGAUGCGCAGGUAUACUAUUUAGGUGACAAACUCACGAUCUACUGGACGGAGCCACCGGCUGGCAUCACCUCAUCUAUUCUCCUAUGGCAGGCAAACCGGACGACGGGCGUACUCGUUGGAGACAAGCAAUAUAUCACACAGAGUGUCGUGAACAAGACUGACGUGGUUUGGCCUAUCACGACUGACUUCAACCUGACCUUGUCGAACCUGUUCCAGCUGACCCUUUACCAAGAGGGUGAAGCGGACCCAGUCGACUUCAGUCAGUAUCUCUAUCUCGAAGAUAAGGCCGACUCGGCAUCGGCUUCAAUUUCGUCGGCUUCGUCUUCACUCCUAUCAAGCUCAACGACCUCUGCAACAACCUCUUCUUCCAGCGCAGGAAGUUCAAUACAAACCAAUGUACCAACAGCCGUACCCAUGCCCAGUUCAGCCUCGCCCGCGAGCAGCUUCCCCACCUCAGCUAAAAUUGGAGUUGGGGUUGGGAUACCUGUCGCGCUCCUCCUCGGAUUGAUCGUCGGUUUCCUCUUGUUCCGUCACCACAAGAAAAAAGGGGUUGAUCGGCCCAAAACACCCAGUCCUCAAGUCUCUGAGCAGUACAAAUAUGGUCAUUACGCACCUCCUUUAAACGAGGCUCCACCUGAUAGCUUGAUAGAGUUGGAUCCGCAGCACGCAGCAGGGGUGCAUGCACACAAGCCGCCAAACGAUGGGGCACCGCCAGUGAGAUACGAGAUGUAG